GUGGCUGGGCAUCACGGUGGGUAAGGAGUAAGCUCUGUAGCGUCAGCACUCGCUGACACACGGUGAUCGAGUCGACAUUAGUCGGCACAGGCCGGGCUCCCCCAUAGCCCGGGCGAGGUUCAGUUUCGCAUAUAACUUAUCCUUAUAUCUGGCUUGUAGUGGUAGUGGAGACGGGUCGCUCAGCCGUCUUCAAGCAUCGGGUGGAGGUGCUGGUGGAAGGGUCGGAAGCCUACGUGGGAACCGGGGCCGUGGAGGCGACGCGGUACAACCAGGACACGCUAGUCCUCCUAACCACCAAGGAUGCCGAGAACACCGAAGCGCCGCUGGUUUCCGGCCCAGGGUCCGGGAGAGCCGUCGUCGUGAAAGGAGCGGCUGGCCGCGUGUCGUCUCUCUUGCACCACGCCCAUGAAGGAGCCGCGUCGCUCAAUUACAAGCGUGCGCUCGCGACCUUGCUGACACCAGCUCACCACGACUCGGAUCUCACGUAUUAUUCGCAGGCGGACGUGUUGGGGUCAUGCGAGGUCCAUUACGAGAGGAAAGGCUUAAAAACUUCGACUUGGCGUGACCUCACUCGGUGCUCCCAUUUUACCUUGGAGAUGGUUCUGGGCGCACACAGUCUUCCUCUCCUUCAUCUCGCCCUGGACGUCUUGGGCAGCACCUCCAGCUGCGAGUAUUCCUGGAGGGACACCGCCGGAGGGAAGCUGCAGGGCGUCGAAUGCGAGGAGACGCUGCUGGUAGGGCCGCGCUACGCCGCCGCUUCCCAGGUCCUGAAUGUGACAUUGCGGUCGCAGCUCUUGCUCACGGCCACCACGACCUUCAACCCAGCCGUCUAUGACUACCUAGAGGAAGCCACAAUCUCGACAGAUUUGACCUUCCAGGCCGUCCCCUACCAAGACGAAGGCGUGGACGUAGACACACUGAUGAAGGAAGCGUGCGCGUCCGAGGGAAGAGGACGUCUGACGGGAAGCCUCCUGCAGAAAAUGUCGCAAUUGGUGCACGCCCUGGCUCGUGGUCCCGCGCCCACGCCCGACCUCAGCUACGCCUGCCCCAUUACUGUCAG